AUGGUUGACGCCAAGGUACAGACCGAGUCGUCUCUACCGGCGACAGUGAUCGGUCUGGAGCAGGAUGUUCUCAUUGGUAAACGCAUUUGCAAAAGUUUUGGAUCACGGAAUUUUUGGGGCUCCAUAAUCGGUUGUUACUGGAUUUCGGGAGGUUUAUUCUAUAAAGUGAGUUUUGAUGAUGGUGAUGUGGAUAUUUUUUCAUCCGAUGAAGUGCUGCAAGAUGCGGCAGUGGCCAAAGAACAUGCCAAGGAGACACUGGAAAAGGGUCCUUCGAUCAAUACGAAAACGACAGUGGAUGACUAUUUUAUGACCAUGAGAUAUUAUAAUUUAAAGAGAAAGAGGGACAAUGUGGUGGACAUUACAGCUCUUCAUACGAGACGUAUUCAUUUGUGGGGUCAAAAACUCUAUGCAACCAUCUACACCAAUACACAAAAUGAGACGUUUAUUAGAGAAAUGCUCAAGACAGAGGACGGAAUAAUGGGAGAGAUGGAAGCUACUGGACAAGUUAAGGUGGGAGAUAUGAUUCUGGCUGUCAAUGAGAUUCGAGUACUGGGGAUGACGAGCAAGAAACUGGCAGAGCUUAUUAGAGAGCUUAAACGUCCUAUUGCAUUGACAUUCUAUCGGCCGCAGAAUUCAAGGAUGGCUAUGCAGCUGCAACAAGAACAGGCUCGACAGACUCAGGCUCUAGCAUCGUCGAGUGCGCUGACGACGACGGUACAGACACAACCAAUCCAGCAACAUUCUACACAACCGAUCCAGCAAAACCCGACACAACCGCAGUUUGUGCCGUCGGCUCAGCAUGUUGCCACAAUAUCUCAACAACGAGCUCGUGUGUCGGCAUCUGCUGUGGCGCCGUCAUCACUUGGCGUUGCUCGACCUACGCUUGCACAUCCUUCUUUGAUGGCUCAAAACAUAGCGGACCAGUGGAUUAAAAUGAGUAAUAUGUCGCGGACACAUGGCUUAUCGACCGAGGAAAUAGUCAAGCGAAGACUGAGCCAGAAAAUUGCUGCAAGGCAAGCCAACUUCAAGCCUGGAUAUCCGACGGGCAGGUUUGAUAAUGGAAAUGUAGUUUCUGUCGGCGGAGUUCCUCCUACCCAAAGCAGUAUGUAUCCACCUCAUCAGGUCCAGAUUAUGCAAGGCGUAGCUAACGCUGCUGCAGUGAGUUCUGCAUCAGGAUUUACUAUGCCCGCCAUACGUCAUGCAAGGCCGACACACCUUUCGCCCGGAAGUCAAUUUCAGUACAACCAGAAGCCUAGCCCGCGGCAACAUGCCGGUCCGUUGACCUCUGAACAAGUACAGCAGACCAAAGCCGUGUCUGGUCCAAGUGGGCACAUCAGUGAGCAAAUACAAUCCAGCGCUUCAGCAGAGCCGAGUGCAGGAGCGAACAAGAGUUCUGUUGCCUCACAUGUCGAACCGAAGCAGCGAGUUACCUCGUUGCAGCCUGAAAGAGUCCAGCAGGAAGCUUUGACUACGUCUCGGCACUCCUCUAGUCAAGAACUCGCAAGCGAUCAAAAUUUUGCUGUGAGCACCCCACGGGGAAGCCUCACUUCGACAAAUUCUGCACCCCCUAUUAGCAUGAACAUGCUAACUACGCGUGACGCCGAAGCAGUUGCAAGACUAGCUCAGACGAAUCAAAACGCUGCGGAGCAAGCCAUGAGCAGGUCGACUAGUAUAGCUUCGUUGCUGUCACCAAACCACGCUGCAAAUGAAGAAAGGCAGCGUAAUCAGCCGGUGCACAUGCCAGCAACAACUUCGUUCUUGCCGACAAGUACAUUGGGUGAUAAAGACCAAGUCACGACAAAGCGCAAGACGACAGAUUCGAUGUCGUUUCUGUCGCCGAAUGAUUUCAACACUGAGUUUAGCAUGCUGUCGCAUCAGAAUCUGUCAACAGGGACCGCAGGGAACAACCGUGCCGAAGUCAAGUCAAAUGUUAGUCUUGUGACCGUAAGUGUUUCUCGUCGCCGGUUGUACCUCACUUUAGGUGUCCAAGGUAGCUUCAUCGCUGUCACCUCCUUCGUUGUAGACGAAUUUGGUCGACCUGGCGAAGUUGAGGCGAGCGGCAAGGUGUUUCUCGGUGAUGUAUUAUUGCGUAUCAACGAAACCUUCAUCUCUGCUAUAUGGACGCCAAGUCAUGUGGCCGAUAUAGUGAAUAGGACGCCCCGGCCUAUGACACUUUGGUUCAAGCGUGCAUCGUGGGAUAUUCUAAACGGCAAGGCGUAG